AUGGAGGCAACCAGUGAUACCACAAAGAUCCUGGAGAAGGGUCCUAAAUACCUUCGAAAGCAAAUGGAACUGGAGAGUGAGACAAAAGGACGCAUGAGUGCUGUGGAGAGGCUCGCUGCAAGCAAACCGAAAUAUGUCAAAAGCCAACAUGUGGUCAACUCAACUCAGGAGCCAGUGAUCAGUCUUGGAUCAGCCUCGGCAACUGAUAAGGAGUGUGCAGCUGAGUGCAACAAGGAAAAAAUCACCACACCUGAGGGAACAGCAAAGGAAUGCAGCUCACAAUCAGAGAGGAGGAGGAAUGGAGUAGCAGGGCAACACAGCACAGAAUACAGUGAUCCUGGAUCUAAGGUGACAGCGGGUGUUGUGAAGAAAUCUGCUGGGCUCCUAACGGUUCCUGAGUUUGAAAGCAGGUCUGGCAAAGGAGUAAGUCGUUCUCACUCCGACAUCAGCUCCAGGUACUCCAAGAACUUUGCAGACUUUGAUGCUUUUUUCAAGUACUGUGGGCUGGGCGGUGAGGUUAUUGAAUCUUUUGGGAAGGACAACUUCUCGGCGCACUCAGAUGAAAUUGCAAUAAACAUCCGGAGUGUCAGCAUCUCUACAUCAGACGACGGCUUCUCCAGGAACAGUGGUGACAGCGACGGACUAAUGGAAGACAAACUACAUGAAAAGAUACGUCAAGAGACGUCAGUUAUUGAGCGCAAUGCAAGGAUUAUCAAAUGGCUAUACAGCUGCAGAAAUGCUAUAGAGACCGGAAAAAAGUUACGAGACCUUGAUUGA